UCGACAGCGCGAGCGGCCAUUGCUGAUCAAGCUCUCUUUCUUGUAAAGAAAAUUUUGUUUUCCUUGUCGUGUCUGCUUUAAAAUGCCUCGAAGGCUUCACCCAGCGUUUCAAUCAAAGACAGUUGUGAAGUUAGAAUGUACUUUUUGCGAAAAACUGCUUUGUAUGCGAGGAAUGAAAGCGUUGCUUCUCGCUGAUACGAAUGUGGAACUAUACUCGACAGACUUGCCUCCCGAAGGUGCRAUCCAGCUAGUUGGCUUAGAUUAUUCGACGAAAAAUUGUGACUGCAAAAUUAAAGACGUCGCGUGCUUGGGAUGUGGCAACGUUGUUGGUUAUCAUGUAACUGUACCAUGUUCUUCGUGUGUGAAAAGUUGCAAUAACGGCCAUUUCUGGAUGUUUCAUUCGUGUGCUACAUAUGCUAUCGACCGAAUAGACAAAGCAGGUGACAAUUUGAUGUUAUGGGGCUCACUACCCAGUUGUACUGAAGAUACCGAAUUAAGAGACGAUUUUGAAUUUGAUUAUGAAGAAUGUUGCCGAUAAAGUUUUUGGAUUCAAAGAAUUUCAAAAACAAACGUGACUCAAAUUAAUGAAAAGAUGUGACAUCACCAUAAUUAUAGAUUCAUUAUAGCAAGGCAAGACCGGGCAAGAAAAUUUGUUGGGAGUCCCAAUAAUGAACACUUUGAAAUAUAAAUAUGUAAAUUGUAAGGAUAGACAGAGGCAUAUAUUAUUUUUGGGGGGAUAGAGAGUAGACUAUGCCUUCAUGUAUCAAGAGUUCAUUUUCUACAAUAGUUCAAAUAGAUCUAUGGCAGUUUAGAACUGACCUUCAUUGUUCAAAUGAAAAAGUUUGAUUAAGUUCAACAUGAUCUUCAGCAAAAAUAUCUAAAAAAAUAUUAUAAUAAAUUGCAGAUGGUAAGAAAUACAUGUACUUCUAAUAAUUUGCUGAAGAGGCUAUUCUAGAAACAACAGUGAAGUGCUCUUCUUUUAUAGACGUGAGUGCCAUCCUCAAAACAUUCUCCAUUUUACAUGUAGGGAAGAUCAAAACAGAUUGCAAGCUAUUUGAUAACUCUUUUAGUCUUUGCAUUUCUACUAGUAAUAUAGUUAAAAAUAAUGUACAUUAGUCUAAUGAAUUGCAAAAGGUUAAAUAUAUAUAUAAAUAUUUUGUAAAUAAAUUUUCAAUGUUUCAAUU